GCCAUUGACCACCAAUUCAUUUCCCAAUCCUCAAACCUUCAAAAUCCCCAGCUCCAUAAUUUUUCCAUAUCCUCCCAACCCCUAAUCGCCACUUAAUCCCUCUGCUCGACCCCAGCAUUUCAAGAUUCGAAGACCACGCACAUGGAGGGACCACAUGAAGAGUAUGGAUCAGUUCCUGAAAUCAACACGUCCGAAAGUGAUGGAAAUGGCACUAACUAUGAAGUUUUGUUGUCGGACGAUGACCCAGAUUUCAGUGAUUCGGGAAAUGAGUUAGACUCCGAAGGGGAUGACUUUCUAUACGAAAGGAAUGUGACGAAUGGGAUAGAGUUAGGUUCAAAUGUGGGUGUGGUGGAGAAUGUGGUGCGGAAUGAAGUUGAAGGUGAUGUUGAUGUGUAUGAUUUGAAGUAUCCUUCUUCUAAAGAGAUUCAAUCAAAUGGUGCAUUGGAUGACGAGGUUGGUUAUUGGUUUUCGGAGUUUUCGAUUGAGGAAGAUAUAGGCUUCCAACCUGGGUGACACAGGUAGUGUCCAAGUGAAAUCAUAUACUAUUGAGCACACAUGCAAUCAUGACAAAUACCACAGGCAUUGCAGUUACUAGUUUUUGACUCGUCGUUACAUCAAGAUGUUCAAGGCAGAUCCAAACUCUGAUUGCAGUGAAAGAGAAUUUGAGAACUGAUAUCACCAGAAAUGUGGCGUUGAAAAUGAGAAGAUACACAAAUGAUUUGCUGCAUGGGAUAAUUGAGAAGCAGUUCGCACUGUUGUGGUCAUAUGCUUCAGAGGUGUUGUAUACCAAUCCAAGCUCAAAUGUGACCACCAACACAUUCAAUGAUGUUUUCCAGGGGAUAUACUUUUGUUUCCAACCAUGUAAGACUAGCUUUAUAAAAGGUUGUAGGAAAGUGAUUGGAGUAGAUGGCUGCUACCUGUGGGGCUGUUUUGGAGGCAUAUUGUUCACGGUCUCUGGUCUAGAUGCAAAUGAUUGUAUAUAUCCCAUCGCAUAUGCUAUGGUUUAGAAAGAAAACACACCAUCUUGGAUGUGGUUCAUGGGACUUCUUGCAGCAGAUCUUGAAAUUGGUACUGGAGAUGGUUGGACUGUAAUGACAUAUAGUUAGAAGGGGAUGUAGAAAGUAGUUGAUGAACUACUCUGGAGUCCAAGCAUAGUUUCUAUGUACGCCAUAUGUAUUCAAACUUUUUCAGUGCCAACUUCAAAUGAGAGACUUUGAAAGAUUA